CUUAGUUUUAUUUUCGCAUUAUAUACAUGCAAUCUAUAACUUGGUUUGUUUUAAAGAUUUCUAAUUAUUGUGAAGAUAGAAGAGUUAAGAAGUAUCUAUUGUCGGUCAAAUUUAUGUCGAACUUUACGCGACUAGAUGGCGCCGUGAAUGACUAAUCGAUAUAAAAUUUGACUACACGAAGAUCGAUAGUUCGUGCGAUAUACGAUUUGAAUGUAUUUUUGAACGAGAAAUAAAUUCAUUCGGUCUCUUGAGCACGAAACGUUUGUGAGUUCAACAGCGAUAGGAAUGAACGAAAUAUGAACUACAAGCUCAUUAACAAUGUCUUCAUCGAUACACCUAUCGUAUUGAUUUAUACGAUAGCUCGUGUAGAUUGUGUAUCUAUCUCUCUUAUAAUCGGAUUACGUAAUAAUCGAAUUAGUAUAUGACAUAGAAAGAUUUGUAUUAAAUAAAAAAAUAGUAGUUAAUAAUACAUUUAACGAAAACAAUCAACAGAUAUAUGCAAAUUAUUUCUACUUCUUUGAAAAAUAGAUUACUUGAUAAGUAUUUGUUAACUGUACAAACUUUACAUUUUUUUUUUUCUUUUUACAUUUAUACGUAUUUAGUUAAAUUUGUGUAUAUAACUAAAGUUUAUUUGAGUAGUCAUUGACUCCUAUGUUACUUACAAUGGAAUGCAUAGCGCGUAAAAAUAUGAUAUUCGUUAAAACAAAUGUAAUAUCGUGUAUCCAGAUUCCACCAUGUGGAGGUUGCUGCUUGUGGUAAUCCCAUUGUACUAACGAUGACGCAACCAAGUAAAAUCGCUUGAAAAUCAAAGUACCAAAAUCGUACUUGAUUUUUCUCCCUACUGAACGAAGUAGAUACCCCUAUACUCAUAGGAGACUUAUAAAUAAUAAUUAAUAAGAAUAAUACGAAAGAAAAGUAACUCUGUAAUUCUCAAAAUUAAUAAAAAGCGCGUUUAUGUUUAUAUUACGCAUAUAAAGAUCAAUCAACAAUCCUGAGAUAAAAAUUUUAUAGUAUCGGAAUUAAAUUGAAUUAAAAUUAUUUUCAGUUUUUUGCGUGUUACGAAUUUUUUAACGAUUGAGCAAAUGUAUUAUUGCUUAAAUAUUACUUCAUUGUAGUCCGUGUAAAAUAAUUGAAAAACUGUCGAAAGUAUUAAUUUAUAAGUUUUCACGUUUGGAAAGAGAGUGAGUGUUGGUUUGCACUCGUCGGAAUAGAAGGGAAGACUGAUUCAAUAACGAUCGAAGUCGAUCAGAGGUUUGUUUUUCUUGUUAUCACACAUAGCCACACAAAAAAUAUAUAUAUAUAUAUAUAUAUAUAACUAACUUUUCGUUUAAAUAUUAGUUGGUUAUACUUCGCGCUAAAGGUCUAAAAUUGUUUAAAUAAUUCUAAAAUAAUCAAAAGUAUGAAUUAUUUAAGCUCGAUUCCUGUAUGAAAGGAAAGAAUUUCAAUGUUUACUAAGAUUGAAAUGCAAAAUAAUACUGACUUGUCAAAGUUAAUCGUGCGGUCAUUUUUUUGUCAUUAACAACUUCAUAUUUCAAAUUUACGCCUAUCGAAAUAUCAAAUUAAAUUUAUUUUAUAUUUACGAUAUAUUACGAGUUAUAUAAUCUUUUGAUAAAUCUACCAUCGUUAUAAAUAUUAAUUUAUCGUAGUACAUGUACGUCAUAUAUCGUUUAUAUAAUUAUAAAAUACUCGAUAAAAUAUUAAUCAUUUAACCGGACAAAUAUAAACGUGGAAAAUUGACAUGUUUACUUGUUGAAAUACGAAAGAUAUCUAACACGAGAACUGUCCAACUUUACAUAUUUCUUUUAUUUAUGGUUACUUUACUGAAACGACAUAUUGUAUCAGUGUUAAUUUAAACAUUAAUUAUACUUUGUUUCUAUAUGUACAUUUUACAUUAUUAUUAUUAUUAUUAUUAUUAUUAUUUAUAUAAUUGAAAAUAAAUUAUAUAUAAUAAUUCAUAAUAAAUCAUGAAUUAAAAAAAAAAAAUUCAUAUUCUUUAAAUAUAAUAGUAAUGCAUUCUUCUAUAAAUCUCAUUCUUUAAAAUAUAAUUUAUUAGAUUUUUAUUGUAAUUUCAAGACAUUUACUUUCAUAUUUGCAAACAGAAGGAACUGCAAUUAUAGAUCCAUUUGUGUGUGUGUGUGUGUGUGUGUCAAAGAUCAAACUGGAUAUUAAAAAAGUUUACGUGUACGUAAGAGAAUAUGACGGUAAACUUGUAGAAAUGUUCGAAAUAAAAACGAAGUGAAGCGGAACAAUUAAUUAGAUCGCUCCUACUAAUUACAUAAGUUCUUUACAGAGAAUUUAAUUUUAUCGAUAAUGGUAAAAGGUGUACAUAGAAAAAUUCAUUAAUUUUCUAAAUUGCUUAAGAAACUAUACGCUUCUUCAUAUGAUUCAUAAUGUUCCAUCCUAGUUGUUUAUAAGCUAGUUAGAAAUUUCUGAAUAUUUUAUUAUCGCAUACCUACACGCUCUUUGCAUUUAAAUAUUAGUCAUGCAAGAACUGUGUUCAACGAUUAUUCUCAAUGUGCAGGAUAUGAUUAGGAGGAAUAUGUCAAUAUUUUGAGCGAUUCCAAUUUUUCAUAUCAAUAUUAAUAAUAAUAACGAUAAUAAAUAUUUUUUUCAUUAAAAAGGAAAAUGGAAGAAAUUAAAUAAAAAUGAUCAAUUUGAUUUUAUUACAUUAAAUAUCGCUCGACAAUGUUGGAGAUUUCUUUAUACAUACGAUGUCAAAUAAAUUCUAAAUAAUAGAUUAAAGGAGAAAAGAGAAACAUUGAAAUUAUUCAUUUGAUUUUAUUAUUAAAUAAUAUCGAUAUAUUGUAUUAUUCGUUUCUUUACGCGUAUCUAACAGGUAACAAAUAGUAUAUUAUUGUAAAAUCAAAUGUAGGUUUUUUCUUUUUUUACUCGCGAGAAGUAGUAGAGAUAGUUAUUUGUUCGGACGUACGCACAUAGCGCAGACUCGAGGGCUCGUUUACUCCUUAUUCUAGUUGGCUUUCAUUCGUUAUUCCACGUUGUUACAGCAACAUUCGUAGUCGUGUUCUUCGCUCUUGUUCCAUCACUUUGCAUCCCUGACCUGUUGCGUGACAGACGAAACUUAUGAAAUAACAAAAGCAUAAUUUUCAUAUAAGAUCGCCCAUAAAAACGGAUCCUCAUUCGUACGUACAGGAUACUUAAUGAUAUAUACGCAAUUGUACGAUCGCAUUGUUACAUCUACACACACAUAUAUAUAUAUGUAUAUAUACCUACGAAUGUAUGGAUACUCGCAUACCUGUAGAUAGGCAGGUAAUGGUUGGUUUUAUACGUUUCUACGUGGAGUCUGGUGACACCAUGCUAAAAACGAGGAAUAUCCUUCAUGGAAAUUCCGGUAGGACGAAUUUCAAAAUUUGGUCGGUAUUGGGAAAUCGAAAAAAGGGAAAGACAAACGGUAGAAUAAGAUCUAAUCAAGAAAAUACAUUUCCAUUAAGGACUCGACAAUUUCUUCAUAACGAAAACGUUAACACGUUACAUCCUAUAAACAAUGACAAGGAUUCGGAGGAGAGCUUUCAUCGGGCGAUCAGCCCGAUCUUAUGGUGGGCACAAUUCUUCGGCUUGCUCCCGUUAUCCGGAAUAUCUGCGAAUUUACCGUCGAGCUUAAAAUUCAAGAAAAUCUCUUUUCGAACUGCUUACGCCAUCAUAGUAGCUGUUUCGAUAUUCAUAAUGGCGAUACUGUCGAUCAUUCACAUGAUAAAGACUCUCAAACCCGAAUCUUUCGGUGUGCGUGGUGGAAUAGCUGCGGCAACAGCCGGGGCAAUAUUCUAUGGAAACGGUUUAUGCGGAACGAUCAUGUACCUUUGGUUAUCGCCACGUUGGGUGAUCCUUCAAAACGAUUGGAAGGCAAUGGAACAAUUCAUAGAUAGCAACAAAAAUCAACGACCACGGCUUCGUUGGAAAUUCAUAAUAAUAAGUACCAUCAUACUUUUUUUCGCUCUCUUCGAACAUAUUGUAAGCGUAAUUAACAACAGUACUAACUUUGAAUGGGGAACAUCAAAUUCAACCUUUGCCAAUUUUUUACACAUUUACACCGUCAACUCUCAUAACUUUAUUUUGGAAAACGUCGAUUACAACUUCGCCAUUGGUAUUUACAUAUUUAUAGUGAGCAAGAUAGCGACUUUCGUGUGGAACUUUACAGAUUUAUUCGUCAUGUUGAUUUCCACCGGUCUGGCUGAAAGAUACAAAACAUUGAACAAGAGAUUAUUCGAUACGGCCAAAAAGCACGCGAACAACAUAGAUUGGAGUGAAUUUAGAAACGAUUACGCUAUCCUAAGUUCACUGGUGAAAAAAGUGGACAAUGAUAUAUCUCCGAUAAUACUCCUUUCCUUCGCAAAUAAUCUCUACUUUAUUUGUUUACAAUUAUUGAAUGGAAUAUCCGGACCUGAAGGCGACGAUAUUUUGAGUAAUCUUUACUUCUUUGGUUCUUUUGCCUUCCUCAUUCUUCGAACGUGUGCCGUAACUUUAUUGUCCGCCAGAAUAAAUGAUCAAAGUAAAACGGUACUCCCAUUGUUGUAUAAUUGUUCUUCGUCCACCUAUAACAUCGAGACACAAAGAUUGCAAUAUCAGCUUACCACCGACGAUAUCUCACUGACGGGCUUACGUUUCUUUUCCAUCACGAGGAACUUUAUGCUAGCGCUAACUGGAGCGAUCGUAACGUACGAGGUCGUGCUUCUUCAGUUCAACGUUGCUAUGAUAAAUUGAAUCAACGGUGGAAGCUACCUUCAAACAUUGUCUCUCUCUCUCUCUCUCUCUCUCUCUCUCUCUAUGUUUUUAGAUUAUUUAAUGAAGAUAUAAUACUUUGCAAAAAGGAAAAUAAAAGAAUAUAAA